UUUAUACACGUGUCUGUGAUUGGCUAUUUGUGACAGAGAGGCGGGAGAAUAGCACAUGACGUCAGUUUCGAGUUCCUGCUUUUUAAACCGAGAAACCGAGAGAAAACACUGAACGGAGUAUCGCCUGGUCAGGACACAAAAAGAAUAGCAUGUCGCGUCCCAGCAGCGCGUCCCCUCGGCCAACCAUGUCGCAGCCCAAGCAGACCGGCCCCUCUCGGGGCAAAGGACUCAAAGACAUUCGCAUUGACGAAGAGGUGAAGAUUGCGGUCAACAUUUCCUUCGAGAGAUUCCAGUACAGCGAAGAAAAAGAACUGGAGUUUCCUUCUUCCUUGACGAGCACAGAAAGGGCCUUCAUUCAUCGGAUGGCCCAGUCCUUAGGCUACAUCUCCAAGAGUCGAGGGAAAGGAACGAGGCGAUUCCUCACCAUAUGGAAGAAGGACGGCACAGAGACAGCCCAGUCCGUGAUGACCUUUAACCUUUCCCACAAUGCCAAGCACGUGGUCCGCAGCCUGCUGCAGAGGUUCCCCAUCACCAACAAGGAGCGCACGGACCUGAUGCCCCGCACCGAGCGGGGCCUGUCCCUGGCCCUGGAGUCGGACAGCUGCCAGGAUAAGAACCGGACGAGCGGGAGGCUGAACAACGGCAUUCCGCAGGUGCCCCAGCGCAGGGGCCCGUCCGAGCUGGACGCCUUCCGCCGCUCUCUGCCCGUCUACGAGCGGCAGGACGAGAUCGUGCGCAUCAUCCAGGAGAACCGCGUGGUGCUGGUGGUGGGGGAGACGGGCUCCGGGAAGACCACGCAGAUUCCCCAGUUUCUCCUGGACGACUGCAGCCGGACCGGGAGCCCCUGCCGGAUCUUCUGCACGCAGCCGCGCAGGCUGGCCGCCAUCGCCGUGGCAGAGCGCGUGGCUGCUGAGCGCGGGGAGAAUGUGGGCCAGACCAUCGGCUACCAGAUCCGGCUGGAGAGCAGAGUUUCCCCCAAAACGCUGCUGACGUUCUGCACCUGCGGGGUCCUGCUGCGGACGCUGAUGGCGGGGGACGCCACGCUGUCCACCGUCACACACGUCAUCGUGGACGAGGUCCACGAGAGGGACGGCUUGUGCGACUUCCUCCUGACGAAGAUGAGGGACCUGCUGCAGAAGAUGCCGUCGCUGAAGGUGAUCCUGUCCAGCGCUGCCCUCGACGUCGAACUCUUCGUCCGCUACUUCGGCUCCUGCCCCGUCAUCCACAUUAAAGGAAGGCCAUUUGAAGUAAAGGAAGUUUUUCUGGAAGACAUUUUACGGACAACCGGCUACACCAACAAGGACAUGAUUAAAUACAGGAAGGAGAUGCAAAAAGAGGAGAAGCAGCAGACGUCGCUGACGGAGUGGUGUCGGGUGCGAGACGGCGGCUCCCGGCAGGAGCCGCGGCGGGAGAGGACGGGCGUCCGAGCGCUCGAGGAGAACGACCUGCUGGACGACGGCGCCGACAGCGUUUUCGGCCAGCUGAGUGAGAAAGACGUGGCCUCACUGGACCCCUGGCUGCUGAAGGAAAUGGACGCCUGCAUCUCUGACGUGUUUCUCAGUCAGGACGCCGACGCCUUCGUGCAGCUCUUCAACCUCAUCCUCAGCGAGAACGUCAGUGUGGACUACAGGCACAGCGAGACCAGCGCCACCCCACUGAUGGUGGCGGCGGGGCGGGGCUUCCUGGGGCCCAUGGAGCAGCUCCUCAGCAUGGGCGCCAGCGUCAACAUGAAGGCCUCCAACGGCUGGACGGCGCUGGACUGGGCCAAGCACUUCAACCAGGCCGAGGCGGUGGACCUGCUGGAGUCCUACAUCUCCUCCCUGGAGGCGGGGAAACUGGACGAGUCGUCGCUGGUGCAGGCGUCCUCGGCCAGCCUGAGCUCGGAGGACCAGGAGCUGCUCAAGGUCUACCACCACAGCUUCGACGACGAGAAGGUGGACCUGGACCUCAUCAUGCACCUCCUCGCCAACAUCUGCCAGAGCUCCGACGAAGGCGCAGUUUUGAUCUUCUUGCCGGGAUACGAUGAGAUAGUGGGGCUCAGAGACCGCAUUCUGUACGACGACAAACGCUUCGCAGAUCACUCUCACAGGUACCAGGUCUUCACGCUUCACUCCAACAUGCAGACGUCCGACCAGAAGAAGGUGCUGAAGGCCUCUCCCGCCGGCCUUCGCAAAAUAAUACUCUCCACCAAUAUCGCGGAGACGAGCAUCACCGUGAACGACGUUGUCUUCGUCAUCGACUCCGGCAAAGUCAAGGAGAAGUCCUUCGACGCGCUGAACCAUGUGACCAUGCUGAAGAUGGUGUGGAUAUCAAAGGCCAGCGCCCUCCAGAGGAAGGGAAGGGCUGGGCGCUGCAGGCCUGGGAUUUGUUUCCACCUCUUCAGCCGGCUGAGGUUCAACAACAUGCUGGAGUACCAAGUCCCUCAGCUACUGCGUAUGCCUCUACAGGAACUGUGUCUCCACACCAAGCUGCUGGCCCCCAUCACCUGUCCCAUCGCAGAUUUCCUCUCCAGAGCACCCGAGCCUCCGCCCACGCUCAUCGUCAAAAACGCCGUGCAGAUGCUCAAGACCAUCGACGCCAUGGACCCCUGGGAGGACCUGACGGAGCUGGGCUACCACCUGGCGGACCUGCCGGUGGAGCCGCACCUGGGGAAGAUGGUGCUGUGCGCGGUGGUGCUCAAGUGCCUGGACCCCAUCCUGACCAUCGCCUGCACGCUGGCGCACCGCGACCCCUUCGUCCUGCCCGCGCAGGCCGCGCACAGGAGGGCCUCCCUGCUCUGCAGGAAGCGCUUCACCGCCGGCACCUUCAGCGACCACAUGGCCCUGCUGCGCGCCUUCCAGGUACCCAGCUGCUACUCCCCCUCAUGUUUUGUGCGAGCGAGGGGCGGGGGAGACAUCCGGGACGUGAACCUGAACUCGGAGAACUGGGCGGUGGUGAAGGCCGCCCUGGUGGCCGGCAUGUACCCCAACCUGAUCCACGUGGACCGGGACAUGGGCUGCCUCGCCGGGCCCAAGGAGAAGAAGGUCCGCUUCCACCCCACCUCCGUGCUCAGCCAGCCCCACUACAAGAAGAUCCCCCCGGCUAACGGCCAGGCCGCCGCGGUGCAGUCGCUGCCCACGGAGUGGCUGAUCUACGACGAGAUGACCAGGGCUCACCGGAUCGCCAGCAUACGCUGCUGCUCGUCCGUCACCCCCUUCACUGUGGCCGUUUUCGGGGGGUGCGCCAAACUGCCCAGCACCGCCCUGCAGGAGCCUGCCAUCCAGAAGGCUGACCCGCUGAACGAGAGCAGCGACAGCGAGGCGGAGGACCGGUCCCUGUCCCAGCGCUCUCAGAUGAACAUCGACGAAUGGCUGCACUUCAGACUGGAGCGAGAGACGGCCAGCCUGGUCUUCCAGCUGAGGCAGAAGUGGCACUGGCUGUUCCUCCGGCGGAUCCGCGCCCCCUCCAAACCCUGGUCGCAGGUGGACGAGGCCACCAUGCGGGCGCUGGUGACGGUCCUGACCGCCGAGGAGCAGGAGGCGGGGCUGCAGCAGCCCGCCGGCAUCGGGCAGAGGCCCCGCCCCAUGUCCUCCGAGGACCCGCCCCCCCAGCCCUCCUCCUGGAGGACCGCCAACUGCCGCAAGAGCUGCGCCGACCCCGAGCUGGCCGAGGAGCACCCCGCCCUGAUGGACAGGUCCCUGAGGCUCUCGCCCUCCCCAGCUGUCCCGCAGCCCAAACUGAACAGGGAGAGGGGGCCCCUGCACCCCAAACUACCAGGCGACGACCGCUCGGACCAGCUGUCCAUCAGAUCCAGCGACAGCAACAGCACCAGCGCCAGCCCCUCCCCGCCUUCUUCUGGGAAGUGCUCCAAGUCCCCGUCGCCGCGGCACCACGGGCCGGUGCGCUACUUCAUCAUGAAGAGCAGCAGCCUGCGCAACAUCGAGAUCUCGCAGCAGAAGGGCAUCUGGUCGACCACGCCCGGCAGCGAGCUCAAGCUCAACCGCGCCUUCCAGGAGAGCGCCAGCGUCUUCCUCAUCUUCUCCGUCAAGGGCUCCGGCCACUUCCAGGGCUACGCCAGGAUGUGCUCGGACAUCGGGCCGGAGCAGUGCCAGGACUGGGGCUUCACCGGGCUGGGGGGGGUCUUCAGGGUGGACUGGAUCCACAAGGAGAGCCUGCCCUUCCAGUUCACCCACCAGCUCUGCAACCCCUGGAACGACAACAAGAAGGUCCAGAUCAGCAGAGACGGACAGGAGUUGGAGCCCCAGGCUGGAGGCCAGCUGCUGCAGCUCUGGGACCGUCUGUCUGGGAAGCAGCAGGAGGCUGACGCUCUUCCGUCGGGAUCAAGGCCAUGAAGACGCACUUUCAAAGCAAAGACCACACGGCGUUAUCCGCCCACUCAGAACCGACUGGAGGGCAGUGCAUAGUCUACACUGACUGCACACAGUAUGUAGCUGUUGAUUUACUGGGCAUAGAAUCAGAGUGUGGGAGGGGUUUGGUAGUUGAAUGUGCUUAAUUAUCUGUUGGUUGUCAUUUCCAGUCGCACUUUAUCAGACUGAACCAUGUGCAUCUAUUCAGAUGUUUCAUUUUGGUGUUUUGCGCACGGGAACACGAGUCGAUUUUGUCUAUGUUUUCAAGGAGUGGUGUGUGUGUGGGUUUUUAUUUGUGUACGUGUGCGCGUGUGUGUGCGUGCAAAGGUACUUGAAUUUUCAAAUUGGUUUUUUUUUUCCUUAAAAUUUGUUCAUGAAGUUCACAAUUCUGUAAGUUCGUACUCGUUUUCACGAUUUAUCCUUCAGGGCAGACGAUAUUGUUUUGCCAUUGAAACUGAACCUCUGCUAACCGAUGUGAUGUGUAUAAUGUGACGUGUAAUUUUACCGGAACGUUCUGGGACGAUAUGUACUACGAAACACAGAAUGCAGAAGUGAAGAACGCCACUACGUUGUAAAAAGUUUGACGCGAGGGAGGCUUCGGCCUGUCUCAGCUGGGUAACGGGUUUCAGGGGCCCUACGAUGACACCGCACGGUAGCCCUGUGUGGGGUCCCUUGUCUGUUUUCGGUAUCGAGGGUAACGGAACGACCUGCAUCGGGGCAUGAAAUGCUCAAAGUUUCCCUCCAAUGGCUGGUGAUGUAGAGGAGGAGUCCCCCCCCAGCCCUGGGUCCUGGAGAGCCACAGGGUCCGUUUAGACCCGUUAGCUCUGCCUGGUGCGCCAGACUACCCGUUACAUUACCGACUGAUUCAGCAGAGUGAGGAAGUGAUAAGGCACUCCGGCACCCUUGGCAUCAUUAAGAGAGCACGGCGUAGCAGCACACAAUCUGCUGGCUCCCCUUUUCAUCUCUGAAAUCAACCAGCAGUUUAAGCCCAGACAGAGCAGCUAAUGAGUUCCGUAUGUAACCAGCUGAUAAGUGCUGAGUGACCAUAGAAAUCAUCCCACCCUGGGGUCCUCCAGUCCCAGGAGGGGGUCGUUCCUGAUGUACUACAAAAUUAAGUUUGGGUUCCCCUGGGUGGGGGGGUGGGGGGGCUUUGUACUGUGGUUGCCUGGGAAAAGACGUUGGACUGAAAAAAUGUGAACAGCCCACCAACCUUGGAACAUGGAGUACAAUGGAACAAAGCAAGGGACCACAGAUCUUCAGCAAAUAAAACCACAGAAGUUGAGAACCAUAGAUAUCCUGUCAUGGACUUGCUCUUUUUUUACCUGCUCUGUAAUCUGCAGACUGUUCAUUUUUUUCUGUGGAUGUUUCCAUUUACAUUUAAGCCGACCAUAAAUACAAAAUGCUGCGUGUAACUACUUUAAUCCUGUUGGGGGCGAUUACGUUCUCAUGCGUCCCGUUUCAUUUUACUACGUUUCUUUCGAUGUUUACAUGGAACAGUAAGUUUUACAUUUUUUGAUGAUCUGCUGAAGGGAUAAAUCUUAGUGUUAAAUUACCUAAAUAAAAUACAGUCAAGCGCUUAA